CAAUCAGAAGAGCCAUUACUUGGAGACUGACUGGAAAACACCAAUGUUGUCUGUGAAGUUCCAGAGCCGUGUCAGUCGCUGCUCAAGUGUGGCUGACAGUGGGGAUGGGGGCAUUGGGACCUCCUGUUCAGACAGCACAGAAGGUGAUGGUCAGCGUGGGAUCACACAGUAGCAGCCAAAGACUUUUAGGUUUUCUUAGGGGACUGACAAGCAUUAAAUAGCUUGGUGUUACUGAACCCUAGAGUGUAAAACUUUGGGAAGAGCAGAAUCUGUAAUGAUGUUUGGAGACUGUUUCAAAACCAGUGCCUCAGUAUACAGAUAUGCUGCCUGAAAUAUAAACAAGUCAUUUAGGGACUUGCUGUUUCUCCAAGUUAGUUUGGUUAUCUUCUAACUGUAGUAAGCCAGUCUUUAACUAAAAGAGCCACAAUGAUGAUUUGCUGGUUUCUAUUGACCAAUAAGUGAUUCAUCAGCAAAUCUGUGUGAUUUGUAUUUUUUAUUUUAAGAAAUAAUUUAUAGGUGCCUCUAGAGACUCCAGAGCAGCGUGCCUUUGUGCGUAAGUCUCCUCAGUGUUAGAGCUGGGCGUUUCUCGGUGAAGAGUGCUGCAGCCUGGCCCUCUGCUGAGGCACAUUCUGAGAAAUCACUUGUCCCAGCAAUCCUUUCCACAUAUUUUCAUCUUCAUUGAUGGAAGUGACAUAAACCACUAUUGAUUCACUGAUUUUUCUUUCAGCAGUGGGGAAGUUUGUGGUCUUCUUUAAAACAAUGCACUUCACAUUCAUACGUUUCAUGAGUUGCUCUGAGCCUUUUGAAUGAGCCGUAGGUCUUAAUAAUGCGUGAGCUGAAGGCUUUUUAGAAAGUCUGGCUUGUGGAAAUGUUGCUAGAAAUAUUACUAAAGCAUAUGUUUAAGCGUCCUAUCUAGCCUCUCUCAGGAUAAUAAAACGUAGUUGCAUGCUGAGAGCAGGGGAGGUAAUGACGGCCCUUUGGGAAACUGCCCUUCUGAACAUUUGUAAUGUUGUAACCUUGUUUGUAAGAGCUGAGGCUGGAUUGUGGCACUGACAGCUGGCUGAAGCACGCUGGCUUUCAGGUCAGUACAUUAGCCAGAAAUGUUGUUGUGACGACCCUUAGCACAGUCAAGGAACCGAUUGCAGCAUCCACACGUGGCGUGCUGGUCAGAGAACUCGAGUUCCUGAUCAUGAUACUGAGGUAUAAAUUUAGGGGCUGUAAACGGAAAUUGUACUGUCCCUUCUGUUUGCCAAGGAGAACGUGCCUGUGACUGCUCGGUAGCAUGGUGUUCUCUGGAGCUCCUAGGCACAGCCAAGUAACAUCUAAGAGAUGUUUUCUCCCUGCUUCCCGCUCAUGUUGAGCGGGGGGGACAGGUCUUGUGCCUUUGUUGUGACAGUUUCCCUGCAGUUUGAUGAUGGUCUUUCCAGAAUCUGGUUUCAGUCAUAUGAAAACUGUGGUCUUUUAUUCCUCUUUGUAGCAAUGCUUUGAGGUUACAAACAGGUGAAAGGGUGACCUUGCAGUCCUGAUGUUGGAUUAAGGAAACAUCAUGUGAGGAUGGGCCUUUAGCAAAACCCAUGGAGAAAACAAGUUUCUGUAUCUGGGGGAAACCUGGAAUUCCUACGAUACACAAUGUAUCAGGGCGAGGAGUGGGAACAGGCACUUUGUUGUUUGCCCUUCUCAGCUCAGGCUGUUGCUGUAUUGAAAUCUGAGAGUUGCUAAGAAUAACCCUGUACUUCCACAGAGCCAGGUUUGGUGCCCGUCUGACAGGACGGGCUCACGUUGGGGUGCGAGUGCUGAACUCUAUCUCAUUUCCUGUGGUAAUAAGGUGAGAGCCAUUAAUUUAGCCUUUAGAAGAAGUUCUUUUGCUGCAGCGUCCUAGAGGAGUUCAAAGGCCAACUACUUGGUCAUCUAGUGUUCAGCUGUGUUUGAAGCUCAUCAUGGGCUUAGUGAAGGCUCCGGUUCGCUUUGGUUACGGUUCAGAGUUGCUGAGCAGUGGGACGGUCAGAACAGAUUCAAGGUCUCAGUGUCCAGCUGAACUUUUGCAAUUCCAAUUCCAGUAAUGGUUCCUCAUUCCAGCCCAUCAAAACCCAAGUGACCAUCCCAACAGCCCAUGUCAUGCCUUCUACAUUGGGUGCCUCGCCCUCCAAGCUGUGCUCUGCAGGAGACCAGAGGUGUUCACAGGGCACUUCAGAAACUGCUAUGCCAGGAUCUGCUGCUGAAAACGCAGCGCUCCUGAGAAACGGCGAUUUUAAUGCCGGGAAGUCUUCCCAGGUGCCACCCAGGGAUCUCUUGCAUCUCCACGGGACUUCAGGGGAAAACCGUUUUGAGCAAUCCUGGCAUCCUGUUUCUGAUCACAUGAGAACAGAAGAUGCUUGGAAGUUUGACACCCCUGCCAUUGAGUGCACCCUUAACCAGUCUCUCUUUCUGGAUAGUUUGUGCACAGAUCCUCUCCAUAGGUUCCAGAAGUUCAAUCCAAACUCUGGGGCAGCUGGGGCAGGAAAGGACCAUUAUAAGGUGCUGCCAGAGAGUAAUCAAGUGGCAGGGGCUAAUGGAGUCUGUGAGCCCCAGGACAGAGCGUGGCCAAGCGGGAGCAGACUGAUGCCAACAGGACUCCAGGCCAACAAUUUCUUUUCGAAACCUGUAACUCCUCCAUCUCAAGCAUGGAUGCAAGAAGCCUGCACACUACAUCCCCACGAGAGGGUCUGCGAGCUCAGUGCUUGGAAACAACAGCUGGAGAAAGUACGGUUGCAAGUAGAGCAAAUGCAGUUACAAAAUGGAGGCGCCGGCCACCAUCCCUUGAUGUAUUCUGCUUCUCUGCCUACACCUGAUCCAGCUCAGUGGAUCAGUAUCCUGAACUCCAAUGAAAACCUACUCAAGGAGAAGGAGCUCCUCAUUGACAGACAAAGACAACACAUAUCCCAGUUGGAGCAGAAGGUCCGGGAAAGCGAACUGCAGGUUCACAGUGCUCUGCUUGGCUGUCCAGCGCCCUAUGGAGAUGUCUACAUGUUGAGAAUGCAGGAGCUGCAGCGGGAGAACACAUUUCUUCGAGCACAGUUCACAGAGAAGACUGAAUCUCUCAGUAAGGAAAAGAUUGAAUUGGAGAGAAAACUGGCUGCUGCAGAGGUGGAUGCAAAGCUGAUCCGGGAGUCGCUGAAGGAAACUAUGCAGAAACAUGCAGAGGAGUUAAAGAAACAGGAAGAAAGGGUAAAGGGAAGAGACAAACACAUUAAUAACCUUAAAAAGAAAUGCCAGAAGGAAUCUGAACAAAACAGAGAGAGACAACAGAGAAUUGAGACCCUAGAACGAUACCUGGCUGAUUUACCAACCCUUGAGGACCACCAGAAACAGAGUCAGAAGCUGAAGGAAUCUGAACUGAAGAGUGCUACUAUGCAGGAAACAGUGCUGGCACUGGAAACAGAGCUUGGAGAUGUCCGGGCUGCUUUCAGGGAGCAAAAAGUGCAGCUAGAAACCCAAAAACACAAGGAGCUGGAGCUUCUUUCCACAGUGCGCAGCUUGCAGGACAAGGUGCAGCAGUGUGUAAAGAACACGGAGAGAGGACUCCCUGCCCAGGAUGGGGAGAGACAGAAAAUAGAAAAUGACUCUCUGAAGAAAGAAUGCGACUGCCUCAGGAAGAUUGUGGACAAACAGCAGAAGAAGGUGGAGCAGUUGGCCUUGGAAGUAAAGAACCUGGAAGAACAGGUGGCCCAGGAAGAGGGGACAAGCCAAGCUUUGAAAGAGGAAGCGAUGAGAAGAGAAAAUGCGCUGCAGCAGCUCCGGACUGCUGUGAAAGAGCUUUCAGCGCAGAAUCAGGAGCUCAUCGAGAAGAACCUGACCCUUCAGGAACGACUCCGGCAGGCAGAGCUAAUAACCCAGCCGCUGCCUGCUGAGACAGCCCGCCUCACCCAGGAGCUGCACAGCGAGCUGGCCAGUUGUCUGCAGGAUUUGCAGUCUGUCUACAGCAUUGUCACUCAGAGGGCUCAGGGCAAGGACCCCAACCUCUCCCUGCUGCUGGGCAUUUGCUCUGCGCAGUACUCUGCUAAGGAGAAGGAUGACUUGCUGAGCCCUGAUGGACUUGCAAAGAAACUGGUGGAGGUAAAAGAGCUUCACAAGGAGGUGCAGGACUUAAGGACGGCAAUAUCUGACAGAUACGCUCAGGACAUGGGAGACAACUGCAUCACCCAGUAAAGAACGCUCCCCAAAGUAAGGCAGGAAAUGAAGACUCGAAACCCUCAGGAGACUAGAGCUCCUACAACCCAAAACCUAUUCAGCACUUUACCAUCCCUCUGCUCGGGUACAAGACAUGUGACUUAUCCAAUCCGUGAGAAAUCAGGGGGUUUGUUGCCAGAAGUGUUUAGCUGCUGACUGACUAACUGGAAUCAUUCAGGGCUUCGGUGUCGGGCUUUGCAGUAGCUUUGAUCUUGUGGAAUGUGUUUAUGCUGUGUUUGCUGGAGCUGGUGUGGUCUCUGAUGCUGGGAGAUGAAUUCUGAAUUGCCUUCCAGGCAUGUCAAAUGCUGAACAUGCAAAUGUGACAGUCAAAAUCAUCACUAAAAGGAAAUGUAUGCCCUGGUCUUUCUGAUAAAUUCUCUGCACAGAUCCUGUGUGACUAGUAAGACCAGAGGAUUAUCAGAGUGUUCAGGGGAUAUCUGUGGACUUCAGAGGCAAGAGGUGGGCCAGUUAUGCUGCCACAGUCUCCUCAGAUGCUGUGUGCACUGUUCUGCCUUGGAUGUUUUUGUAGCCAUCUGUGGAGCAGGACCUGCUUUCCUCGGGUAAAUGCAACUGGAGUCUUUCAGUAGCUAACAGGAGUUGGGGAAUAAAGCAAUACUAAAAGAA